AGUGUGUCUGGUGUUUAACCUUUUCUCAAGACAUAGCUGCGCAGCUGCGAUAGCUUCUAGAUUGUCUAACUGGUAGGAUAGAAUUUCCAAAAUGUCAAGAUACUAGUAAAUACCAGAAUAACCUAACAAUCUACGAGGUAGCGAAGAAUAAAUACAGAUGACUAUGGCGUCGCUCAUCACAUUCACUACAUCAAACUGAUAUAGUGGAGUAGCCCCUGUAAAUUGCUUCUAUAAUUGGUAGGAGCUUGGACCAUCACUCUCCAAAAAUCCACAGUUUUGGAAGCGAGAAACCCCCACUGUGACGAAGGUCUGCCCCUCCAAGCUGAAGGAGCUCUCACUUUGGGUUGUACCUUCACAAUUGUACCUCAUUUUAACAUUGACAACUUUACUUUGGUAGCCUGAUCCCUUUACUCCACAAAUAAACCUCAACUAUAACUACAACGAAAUACAGAAUCGCGUAAGAAGCCAUGGCGACACCAACAUCCCUCCCCAACGAGCCUUUCCCACGGCCAGACCAGCUCUCUCAAGCCACAACCUCGCACCGACAAGGCGCCUUCGUGAUAUCAUCCCGCAAACUUCCCAUCUCCAAAGCCGGGCCCAUCGACGCCAUGGAAAAAGCGCUAGGUAUCCCAGUUCCAGAGAUGAUAUUUGGCGACAACGUAGUAGCUAUACGACACGUCCCAACCGGUUGGGGAAUCGAGUUCAACGCCUUCGAUGCGCUAGAUGCCGUCGACAAGACCGAUAAAAAAAUGCUCCAGGUCGCGUAUGCGAAGAGUUGGUCCGCGAGCCGCGAGCAGACGAGUGCGGGAAUAAAAGAUGUGGUUAAACCGUAUGAUUGGAGUUAUAGCACUGAAUAUCGAGGGACUGUGACUUCGUCGUCGUCGUCGCUGCUGCCACCUCCACCUCCAGAGUACACACCAAACAGCGAAGAAGGUACAAAAGAGCAAGAGAAAAUAGAAAACAAACAUCCAUUUACGCCUACAUCUAAACCGAUCCCAAUCGAACUUCUCAAACGUCGCGACCCGAUUCUUUUCUUCGAUGAGGUAAUGCUAUACGAAAGCGAGCUAGACGACAACGGUAUCAGCGUUCUCAGCGUCAAAGUACGCGUGCAUGAGCAUCGCAUGUUACUCCUCGCCCGAUUAUACAUGCGACUCGAUAACGUCGUCGUGCGGAUUCGGGAUACGCGUGUCUAUGUCGAUUUCGAUGCUGAGGAAGUCAUGCGUGAGUAUACUGUUAAAGAGGCUGGAUUUGAAGAAGUUAAGACGAAACUCCGGAUGACGGGCUUAGCUCCAGAUGCCGUGACCGUGGCUUUGCGAGAUGCGAAUAAUAUCGCUGAGUUGCUUCCCACGGUUGGCCAGACGCUGGAAAGCGUGGCUCUAAAAUCAUAAGACAUUAGAAAAACAACUGAGCGUAUCUUUCUCAUCGAAAGGCGGAUUGUGAAAGAUGUGAUGGUUAGGUGUAACAAUAGCCGGUUUUACGAAUUUUACGAAAUGCAUGGAAUGGGCGUUUAUCGGAAGAGUAUGAUUUUAUACGUUAUGACUAUUAUCUGGUUUCUGGCACAAAGCGUGGUUGAUGGUCACAUUAUCAUCACGGCUACGAGGUAUUUAAAAGAAACUGCGCAAUAGAUGUGCGAAGCAAAUAAACUGGAUGGUUAAUA